UUAAAAAGAGAAGGCUUUUCAGCCUUUCAACGCGUUUGCCGUUGCGAUUUCGUCGUGUGUGUUUCCAACAGAAUUUUCAUUUACCUUUGUUUAUGUAUUGGUUACGCAUGUGUAUGUUAUGUAUCAGUGUCGUUCCUCCUCAUCUCUUGCUGCUGCGGCGUGUGUAUUACCCGAAUUUGUGACACAGUCACAGCCAUCUACUCAGUCAGCGAUGUGCUCCACGACGUCCACGACAAAGCCAACAGAUUGACCGGCAAGAUAAGUGACACAGAUUUCGCCUGUGGGAGACAUGCACUAUUCUGCACUCAUUUUGUUCUGCGGAAAGAACUCUCUGUCGUUUUUGCACAUAAGGGGUAUUGGUCACAGUUCUCGGAGUUUUCUCUUCAUCCAUUCGUAACGUUGCAGUCCUAGCUACACAAUGGGUAAUAAGUGCAACCGGGUAUGGCAGACAUCAAAUUUGGUCAAUCGCGCGGAAAAAGAACACCUUUGCGCACUUGAACCUGGGUAUACUUUAUUCAGCUGUGAUAUGAAAGGUCACAUGACUUCAGUGCAUCCGCACCACAUGGUCAACCUUCCACGACGUCCCGCACCCCACCAGCAAGAGAGGCGCUUCAAGUGCACCGUUUGUUCCUCCGCCUUCAGCCGGACUUUUCUCCUCAAGAGGCACAUGCGGAUCCACACUGGGGAAAAGCCGUUCGCUUGUAACGUCUGCUCGUCCACCUUUAGCCAGAAGGGCAACCUGUUGACCCACAUGCGCAGGCAUACGGGCGAGAGGCCCUUUAUGUGUAGCGUCUGUUGUUUUUCUUUUAGCCACAAGAGCGCGCUCAAGUCGCACGUGCGUCUGCACACUGGCGAGCAGCCUUACGAGUGCCAGCUGUGUCCGGCCACGUUCAGCCAGAACAAGAGUCUGUCGCGUCAUGCCCGCAUGCAUAAGAGCUUGAUGUUUCCUAGAAACACCAAAUUGCUGUGCGUCUGCAAAGUCUGGGGCAAGAUAAACCUCAUCUCCCAUUUUUACGAUGCAGUUGAAAUGUGUGAUGCUCGCUACGCUAACCCAGGUGCGUCUUGCAAGAAUUUAACCCAAACUUAUUUCCUUCCAGUCUUGCAAAUCGGUGAUCAACAGGCCUUCAGGUGCACCCUCUGCCCAGCUGCAUUCACCAAUCGAAAGAGCCUUCGCCAACAUCAAAUCUGUCACGUGUCGGAAAAGCCUUACGCGUGCGACAUGUGCCCGCUGGCGUUCGCGCGAAAGAUGCACCUCUUCGCCCACCGUCGCCAGCACACGGGCGAGACUCCGUACGCCUGCCCCAUCUGCAACCGGGCUUUCAGAUACAGCAGCAACCUGAAGGCUCACCUCGACACGCACACGGGUGCGAAGCCGUACACGUGCCCCAUGUGCAACGCUAGCUUCAACCAGAAGGGGAACCUGGGUACCCACAUGCGCACCCAUACGGGCGAACGCCCCUUUGCGUGCGAAUACUGCCCGGCGACUUUCAGGCAGAAGUGUACCCUGAUAGAUCACACGCGUCUGCACACGGGCGAGAAGUCCUUCGUGUGCGAGCUCUGUUCCAUGUCGUUCAUUCAGAGGACGGGGCUCGCGAAGCACAUGCAGCGCCACCACGGUGUGACGGCAACCAAGUAACCUGGGUUUGGCGCGGGCUUUUUGUGUCGCGAGCGUGCGGCGGUUUUUUUGGAAGAGAUGACUGCAUGGCCUUUUACCGCAGCUAUAUCGGAGCGACUGGAAAUAUCGAGUAUAUCUAUAUCUGUCUUAAUUACUUCUCUGUCGUCUCAUGUUUGAUCGCUUUUUUCGUGUGUAUUGCCCUCCUUCAUUUUUAAAGUGUCUUUGUUAGUUUUACCCUAAUUGUGCAGUGAUUCCAUUAUCAGUAUUUUAGGCCUGUAUACAAAACGAUCUAAAUAAAAUGUUCCUCGCUGACUUA